AUGUCGGCUCCAGAGAGCAACAGGAAAGUUACAUCGGUGAGAAGGGGCAGGAUGCCUGUGGAUGGCAUCGUGACGAACGGAAGCACUGCACCGGACCGGCCGAAGGUGCAGGAUGUGCCGGACGACGAGGUUCUCAAUGACAUCAGUCUGAUGAAGACUUGUGGAACCAAAGAGACGGCUCUGAAAUGCAUACGCAUGCUUGACAAGUGCCUGGAGACGGGCAAGCUAGACCUAUCUGGAGAGGACAUGGCCGAGGAGAUGCUGGUGAAGACGAUCAAAGCUGUGGGCAAAAUCGGCGGCAUCAAGGGGCUGAUGCCAACUCGAACUUCGACUUUGCCGAUUAACGAGAUCAACCUCAGUGGCAACUCCCUUCUGACUCCACCAUCGCCGACGGAGCAUACUGCAGCAGUCAAGGCAAACUUGAAGCGCCGAGCAGAGACGGUGCAGCUGAUAGUGCAGUUCGUUCGAGUCUCAACAGAGGCACGCACGGUCAUCUUUGAUAACUGCAACCUGGAAGGCUACAGUCAUGACAAGGACGACCUGGUCGAGCUUGAGAUAGUACGGCUGGUGAAGAAGUUCGGAGCCGGAAAGAACUCGAGGUAUGCCGAGAAAGUUUCCCUGGCUGGCAACCGCUUCGGCCAAGAGUUUUGCCGGCGCAUCAUUGAGGGUGCCUACUGGGAACGCAAUCGACAUCCCGACAGAGAGACCAUGCCAAAGCUUUUCUUGGAUUUGUCUAAGAAUCGCAUACCGCACCCGGAACGAAUCGUGGAUGAGCUGAAGGAGGGGAAAACAGCUGGGGGACCUAUGAGCCUGGCGACCACAACCGACCCGGAAGAUGUUCGCAGGGAUGCGCUCAUCGUUCUGGACAUUACCGGUCAAAGAGAUCAUUCUCCUUCAGCUCCUCGUGAAGGGCGAAGGCCUCUGAUAGAUCAACUGCGCCAGGAGCGGCAGCGGAGGCCGUCGCCACGACGACCCUCCCGAAGUCCGCCCCGGCCUCGGUCGCGCAGCCGGUCCCGGUCGCCACCCAGACAGCGUUCUCCCAGCCGUCGCCGGGACAGCCGGCCGCGCGACAGCCGCAGGAGGGACAGCCGCGGCCGACGCUCGCCCUCUCGGCGCAGCCCAUCGAGGCGGCGACGUAGCCGCUCAGAUAGCAGGCAACCGCGUGGCAGGAGAGGCCGCUGA